CUCUCCCCAUCCACCGAGUCCAUUCCGCAGGACAUUACCCAUUUCAAGCUUAGCUAGGUUAAAGGUUUUUUUUUUCCCAAAUUGAACCUCAAAUGCUUAGCGGUUAGUACUCAAUUCUGAUAUACGCAGGAGUAGUAGAGAGAGAUGGAUCAACACGAAGAGCAAGAGCAUGAGGAUUACGGAAGUGAAAUCCCUGGCGAGGGAGAGAUGGACGCCGAUAUCGACAUGUCUUCGAGGCCUGAAGAAGAUGAGGACCACGGCCAUAACUCCAAGGAUUUGGAGGACAUGAAGAAGAGACUGAAGGAGAUCGAAGAAGAAGCUGGCGCUCUCCGCGAAAUGCAGGCUAAAGUUGAAAAGGAGAUGGGUGCUGUCCAAGAUUCCUCAAGUGCUUCUGCAACUCAGGCUGAAAAAGAGGAGGUGGAUUCCCGCUCUAUCUAUGUUGGUAAUGUAGACUAUACUUGUACUCCUGAAGAAGUGCAGCAGCAUUUUCAAUCCUGUGGAACAGUGAACAGAGUGACAAUUUUGACUGACAAGUUUGGUCAACCAAAAGGAUUUGCUUAUGUUGAAUUUGUUGAGGUUGAUGCUGUUCAAAAUGCCCUUUUGUUAAAUGAAUCCGAACUGCAUGGCCGUCAGUUAAAGGUCUCUGCUAAGAGAACCAACAUUCCUGGAAUGAAGCAAUAUCGUGGGAGGCGCCCCAACCCUUAUGGGUUCAGAUCCCGAAGACCAUUCAUGUCUGCGUCCCCCUUCUAUCCCCCAUAUGGCUAUGGGUAGAAGGGUUCCAAGGUUCAGGCGACCUAUGCGUUACAGGCCAUACUAAUAAGCAGUACCCACCAAUUUGAGAAGAUCAUUGGUUCAUGUUAUUAGGAGGGACAGAAAGACUUGUAUCAUCAUUUGCAUGGGGAAGGCCGUUCUGAUUUUUCCCAAAUUUUAAUAGCUUGCAGGAGUGCUGGGAUAUUGUGCAUCAAACAUAUUCCAUGACACAAAGUUUGACAAUUCUCAUAGCAGCUAGCAAAACUAGGCUAUGUUCAUCCCUAAUCACCAUGCCCAGUCCAAGCAAGCUUUGUUUCAGUGUUCCUCCCGUAGUGGUUGAUCUUAGUGGGAGACCACCGCGUUCACCGUCC